AUGGUUCAAUCGCGGCUUGACGUGGACGGGCUAACUUAUACCCUAGGGCCUAACUACAACAAGCCUUGGGAGCGAUUUGACACGCAAGAUCUCAAGGCUUGUGUAGAGCGCUCCUAUCAUGCCUCGCGAAAGGCCAACGAGAUGUCCGCCCAUUCAACUCCCGUGGAACGGGCCCUUAUCGAUGUCAUCCAAUUCCGCUACUAG